AUGUCCGACGCAGGAAACGAGGCGCCUGAAACGUCGAACAAGCGGCGCCGGACCUCGGGCAUGUACCAAAGACGGCGUGCUGUUGCGGCGUGUGGGCCCUGCCGGGUCCGUAAAACGAAAUGUGACAAUGUCCGGCCAGCCUGCGGCUUCUGCCAGCGGAACGGCGGCCAGUGUACAUACCCCGACACAUCGAAUGACUUUUCAACAUUCGAUCCCGCGAGUUUGGCAAUCUUAGACCGUCUCAAUCAUGUUGUUUCUCUUCUCGAGGCUCGUCCAGAACUACCAGCCGAGAACGUGGUUGCCGCUCCCCCUAUUCCGUCAAUAUUAUCGCCAACAUCGCUCCAGGGGCCUCAAACUAGUACAAGCGUCACUAUUGACGAGAAUCUAAGUCACUCUCCUGACGGUCUACCUGAGGACGAAGUCAUGAUCCGCCUCGACAUCCCAGACUCUGCGGCUGCCAGGUCUAAUUGUGAGGCCAUCCUGCGAUGGCCAAUCUUUAGGGGAUAUGCGCCCGAAACGGAGUCUUUUAUCUUAGAGUUAGAGGAUGGUGAUGCAGAGUCUUCGCAUCAAUCUCAACCUCUCAGAAGCCGGAACCUUGGGCGGGGAGUUCAGGAAGACGACUUUACAGUACUGUCCAAGAAGUUCUUGGCAUACGUGCAUGUGAAGAAUCCGGUUCUUGACGUGAGUGACUUCAAAGCGUACGUCAAGGAUACAGUAGAAAACGGUCCUCGCUGGGACGGACCUUCUUGUUUGGUGCUGAUUGCAUGUGCACUCGCCUGCCUUGCAAGCCCAUUUCAAUCCGAGAUCAACUUCAAUAGUACGCCCGAAUCGAUGCGCUCGUCAGUGUCGGCUACGGCGGAUCCAGAUACAGCCCAAGCCUACUACCUCGCAGCCAAGAAGCGGUUGGGAUUACUUGAGCCUUCUUUGCUUCAGAUCCAAUGCUUGUUCUUCUGUGCAGUCUUCGAAAUGUACUCACUUCGUCCACUUCAGGGCUGGUUCUAUUUCAAUCAAGCCAGCGUUCAGUUCAAGAACCUAUUCUGGCGGAGGGCCCAGAGGCGGAAUUGGCAAAGUGUUUCUCAGAAGACGCGGCGCCUCGAGCAACGACUUUACUGGUCGUGCAUGAAGUCAGAAUGCGAGCUCAGAUGUGAGAUACCGUUGCCACCCAGUGGCAUCACUGGUCUAGGAUAUCCAGACUUGUUCCCCUCACCUCCGUCUGAAGUCGCAUCCCCUGCAGCUCAGCCAAGCGCGUUAGAUAUCUUGGAAGAUGACAUACAGCCAGAGGAGGAGAAGAGUUGGUUCUACUACCUGGCUGAGAUAUCGUCGAGAAGAAUGAUUAAUCGUGCUAUAUCGAUAUUCGGAUACAAUGGAGAGCAGGCAUGGAUCCGAGAUAUAGCCAAAGUGCUCGAGAAGAGCGAGGAAUUUGACGAGCAUAUCAACCUCUGGUGCUUGCACAUACCCUCUCAGAUCCAUUGGCAAAACCGAGAGCCAUCAAACAAUGAGCUGGUACACUUUAUCCAGAACCGAGCCACGAGCUGCCGCGAAUGGAUCCAUCGGCCUUUCUUGUAUUACGUGGUUCAUCAACCGGCGGACGACCCUUGGAUACCCCGCGUCAUGCCAUUAGCAGAGAAGUGCCUCGAGCUCUCACUCGAGCUGCUUCUGGACGCUAACCCUCACCACCGUCAUCACGGAACAUGGUUCAUGGCCAGAGCGGCAAUGACCCGUGCUCUCUUACUUCUGACCGCAGUCAAGAGCGGCAGGUUCUCUCGGCUGCCCGAGCGAUGGAAACAGGGAGUCGACGCGGCCACAUGGGCUCUUCAGCGGUGGUAUGGCGAAGCUCCGGAUUUGCGUAAGGCUGCGUCUGUGCUUGAGGAUCUCGUCGGUCAAGUUGUCGGGCCCGGAGUCUGA